AAAGCCCAUUUCACAUUUUCACUCUUUCUCUGCUUCAAUCUCUCAUUCACUCUGAUCAAAUCGACACAAUAAGCUCAGGGGUCCCCCUUCGUUGAUCCAGCUCACUUCCUCUGUAAUUUACUGUUUUUGUUUUUUCUGCGCGCGCUACUGUACAGAUACGCAUAUAAUAAUCGUAUAUAGCAGCAUUUGAUCGGGGGAAUUUCAGUACCAGAUGAGUUUGGGAAAUAUCGCCGAUGAGAGUUUAGGGUUUUGAUUGGAGGAAGGGGUUUGAGAAAAUUUGUAGAGGAACAGAACAAAAUUCGAAGCGCUGGGUGCGAAUCAGUCUCGGCCUAUACCGUCUUCGGCCGGGCUGGCCGGUGGUUCGGGUCCAAGACCAUGGUCUUUCCUCCGCCCUAGUCCACCUAAGCCUUACUCGCUCCAAUACCUCCCCCAAAUGGAUCACGUCAACCGCCACACCUCCGCCCCAGACCAACAGAAUCAGCCGCCUCCUCCUCCGCCUUCUUCUUCUUCUUCUUCGUCUUCUUCUACUUCUUCUUCUUCUUCUCCGUCUGAAUUGCCGGCGCCGUCCACCGUCCCUCAUCAUGCUUUGGAAGAGCAGGAGUACUUGGCCCGGUAUAUGGUGGUUAAGCAUUCCUGGCGCGGGAAAUACAAGAGGAUCUUGUGCAUAUCUAAUUACACUCUUAUUACUCUGGAUCCCGGGACAUUGUCCGUGACGAAUUCUUAUGAUGUCGGGACUGAUUUUGACGGCGCGCAGCCUAUACUUGGCAGGGAUGAUAAUUCGAAUGAGUUCAAUAUAAGUGCGAGGACUGAUGGUCGUGGGAAAUUCAAGGCUUUCAAAUUUUCGUCCGUGUAUAGGGCGAGCAUUUUGACUGAGCUGCAUAGGAUUAGAUGGAAUAGGCUUGGUACGAUUGGAGAGUUUCCUGUUUUGCAUUUAAGGCGAAGAACUUCUCAGUGGGUUCCGUAUAAACUGAAAAUUACAUAUGUAGGAGUUGAAAUUACUGAAUUAGAAUCAGGAGAUCUUCGCUGGUGCCUGGACUUUAGAGAUAUGGGUUCUCCUGCGAUCAUUCUUCUCUCUGAUGUUUUUGGGAAGAAAAAUGCUGAACCUGGAGGUUUUGUUCUUUGUCCAUUGUAUGGAAGAAAAUCUAAAGCUUUCCAGGCAGCUUCUGGGACUUCAAAUGCUGCUAUAACAGCAAAUAUUACUAAAUCUGCUAAGUCUAUGGUUGGAAUUUCAUUAUCUGUGGACAGUUCUCAAUCACUAACUCUAUCAGAGUAUAUAAAGAGAAGGGCAAAAGAGGCUGUUGGAGCAGAAGAAACUCCUCUUGGAGCUUGGUCAGUGAUAAGGCUGCGCACUAGUGCUCAUGGGACUGAAAAUAGUCAUGGGGCCAGUUUGGUGGUUGGCCCUAAAGGAGGCCUUGGGGAACAUGGUGAUGCUGUAUCUCGUCAACUUGUUCUCACAAAGGUCUCCCUUGUUGAAAGGCGGCCUGAGAACUAUGAAGCUGUAAUUGUUCGCCCUUUGUCUGCUGUUAGUGCACUUGUUCGAUUUGCGGAGGAGCCCCAGAUGUUUGCCAUUGAAUUCAAUGAUGGAUGCCCUAUUCAUAUCUAUGCUAGCACAUCUCGUGAUAGCUUACUCGCAGCAGUUCGUGAUGUGUUGCAAACAGAAGGCCAAUCUGCAGUACCUGUAUUGCCACGGCUAACCAUGCCUGGUCAUCGAAUUGAUCCACCUUGUGGCAGAGUUCACUUACAAUAUCCUGCUACACAUCGCUAUGUUGCUGACCUGGAAACUGCAACCAUGCAUUUGAAACAUUUGGCAGCAGCUGCAAAAGAUGCAGUGGCUGAGGGAGGAUCCAUUCCUGGAUCAAGAGCCAAAUUGUGGCGUAGAAUAAGAGAAUUUAAUGCAUGCAUUCCAUAUGGUGGAGUGCCACAUAAUAUUGAAGUACCUGAGGUCACAUUAAUGGCUUUGAUCACAAUGCUUCCAGCUGCUCCAAAUCUUCCACCUGAGUCACCUCCUUUGCCACCUCCUUCUCCUAAAGCAGCUGCUACUGUGAUGGGUUUCAUUGCAUGUUUGCGCAGGUUGCUUGGAUCAAGGAGUGCUGCUUCUCAUGUGAUGUCUUUUCCAGCUGCAGUGGGACGAAUAAUGGGUCUCCUUAGAAAUGGCUCUGAGGGUGUAGCUGGUGAAACUUCAGCGUUAAUUGCUAUACUUGUUGGUGGCGGUCCUGGGGAAACAAAUGUACAAACAGACACAAAAGGGGAAAGGCAUGCAACAGUAAUGCAUACCAAAUCUGUGUUGUUUGCUCAACCAAGUAAUCUUAUAAUCCUUGUGAACAGGAUAAAGCCUAUUUCUGUAUCACCAUUAUUGUCAAUGUCUAUAGUAGAGGUUCUUGAGGCAAUGAUUUGUGAACCACACGGCGAGACAACUCAAUAUACGGUGUUUGUGGAAUUAUUACGUCUAGUAGCUGGGUUACGCCGUCGCCUGUUUGCUCUGUUUGGACAUCCUGCAGAAAGUGUGCGUGAAGCGGUGGCUGUCAUUAUGCGUACAAUUGCUGAAGAAGAUGCUGUUGCAGCUGAAUCUAUGCGUGAUGCUGCUUUACGAGAUGGUGCAUUGCUGAGGCAUUUGUUGCAUGCAUUUUAUCUUCCUGCUGGUGAGCGGCGCGAAGUCAGUCGGCAACUUGUGGCUCUUUGGGCUGAUUCUUAUCAACCUGCUCUUGAUUUGUUAUCUAGAGUUUUACCUCCUGGCCUUGUUGCGUAUUUACACACAAGGUCUGCUACAAAUUCAAUGGAAGAUUUAUCUAAUCAGGAUGGCUCAUUACUGAGCAGGAGACAGAGACGUCUUCUUCAGCAGAGGAGGAUCCAUCCUGGAAAGGGAAUCACAUCUAAUGGACAUCCUUUGCCUUCUGUUAAUAACUAUGGAGUUGGUAAUCAACCACAGCACACUAGUGCUGUUCCUUUCAGAAGUCAAGAUGGUUAUCAAAAGGCUGCUGUAGAACCAACUCCUGGGCAGAUACCGCCAAUGCAUUCUUCUGCAGGUAAUGUAGGUGAAAGCAUCCGAACUGAGGCAUCCACUAUUGGUCUCCUGCAAAAUGAACAGUCUGCAGUUCUUUCUUCUGGUGAUGCUCCUUCAACAAGUACAUAUGAAUCAGUAGAACCGAAUUCUGCAAUUGUGGCUAGUUCUGAUGCAAGCAUGGUUUCUCAGAAUGCAGGGCUUCCAGCUCCUGCUCAGGUAGUUGUAGAAGAUGCAACGGUGGGAUGUGGAAGGUUAUUAUUGAAUUGGCCUGAGUUUUGGAGAGCCUUUAGCCUUGAUCACAACCGUGCAGAUUUAAUUUGGAAUGAGCGCACUCGGCAGGAAUUAAGAGAAGCAUUGCAGGCUGAGGUUCAUAAUCUAGAUGUUGAGAAGGAACGCACAGAGGAUAUUGUACCUGGUGCUGCAACUCGAGAGUCAAUGACAGUCCAAGAUGGUGUGCCUCAAAUUUCCUGGAACUACACUGAGUUCUCUGUUAGAUAUCCUAGCUUAUCAAAAGAAGUUUGUGUCGGUCAGUAUUAUCUUCGCCUGUUGCUUGAGAGUGGUAGUAGUGGAAGAGCAGAAGAUUUCCCCCUUCGUGAUCCAGUUGCUUUUUUUAGAGCUCUGUAUCAUCGCUUCCUUUGUGAUGCAGAUACAGGCCUUACUGUAGAUGGGGCUAUUCCAGAUGAAAUGGGUGCCUCUGAUAAUUGGUGUGAUAUGGGAAGGUUGGAUGGUUUUGGAGGAGUGGGAGGCUCCUCAGUUAGGGAGCUUUGUGCCCGAGCAAUGGCAAUUGUAUAUGAGCAGCACUACAGCACUGUAGGUCCAUUUGAAGGUGCUGCACACAUUACAGUGCUCUUGGACAGGACUGAUGAUAGAGCUCUGCGACACCGUCUUCUUCUUCUCCUCAAGGUAUUGAUGAACGUUUUGUCCAAUAUAGAGGCAUGUGUAUUGGUUGGUGGUUGUGUACUAGCUGUUGAUCUGCUAACUGUAGUUCAUGAAGCUUCAGAGAGAACUGCUAUACCUUUGCAGUCGAACUUAAUAGCUGCUACUGCUUUUAUGGAGCCAUUGAAGGAAUGGAUGUAUGUUAACAAGGAUGGUGCACAAGUUGGACCAGUGGAGAAGGAUGCUAUUAGAAGAUUCUGGUCAAAGAAGGAAAUAGAUUGGACCACAAAGUGUUGGGCUUCUGGGAUGACUGAUUGGAAGCGACUGCGAGAUAUUCGAGAGCUUAGAUGGGCACUUGCUGUCCGAGUACCUGUUCUCACUCCAACACAGGUUGGAGAUGCAGCAUUAUCCAUAUUGCAUAGCAUGGUGGCCUCACACUCAGACAUAGAUGAUGCUGGGGAGAUAGUCACACCAACACCCAGGGUCAAGCGGAUCUUAUCAAGCCCAAGGUGUCUUCCCCAUAUUGCACAGGCCAUGCUUUCUGGUGAGCCAAGUGUUGUAGAGAGUGCUGCUGCUUUGUUGAAGGCUGUUGUUACUAGGAAUCCAAAAGCAAUGAUAAAACUGUACAGUACUGGAGCUUUCUUUUUUGCACUAGCAUAUCCUGGAUCCAAUCUCCUUUCAAUUGCUCAUCUAUUCUCAGUGACUCACGUUCACCAAGCUUUUCAUGGUGGGGAAGAAGCAGCACUGUCCUCUUCUUUGCCUUUGGCAAAACGCAGUGUUUUGGGUGGACUUUUACCUGAAUCCUUGCUUUAUGUAUUGGAACGUAGUGGUCCAGCUGCAUUUGCUGCAGCAAUGGUUUCUGAUUCUGAUACUCCUGAGAUCAUCUGGACACACAAAAUGCGAGCUGAAAAUCUUAUCCGUCAGGUUCUGCAGCACCUUGGUGAUUAUCCCCAGAAACUAUCCCAACAUUGUCAUUCUCUAUAUGAAUAUGCUCCAAUGCCACCAGUGACGUACCCAGAACUGAAAGAUGAAAUGUGGUGCCACCGCUAUUAUCUUCGGAAUUUAUGUGAUGAAGUUCGAUUUCCUAAUUGGCCUAUUGUUGAGCAUGUUGAAUUUCUGCAGUCGUUGCUGGUCAUGUGGCGUGAAGAGUUAACGCGUAGGCCCAUGGAUCUUUCUGAAGAAGAGGCUUGUAAAAUAUUGGAGAUUUCCUUAGAUGAGGUAUCACGAGAUGCUGCUGCUAAGAAACAAUCACAUGAGAUUCCUAAUAUCUCAAAACAGAUUGAGAACAUUGAUGAAGAGAAGCUCAAGCGCCAAUACAGAAAACUUGCAAUGAAAUAUCAUCCAGAUAAAAAUCCUGAAGGGAGGGAAAAGUUUCUGGCUGUGCAGAAAGCCUAUGAGCGAUUGCAGGCUACAAUGCAAGGGCUGCAAGGCCCGCAACCUUGGAGGUUAUUGCUUUUACUGAAGGGACAGUGCAUUUUAUAUAGACGCUAUGGGAAUGUAUUGGAGCCAUUUAAAUAUGCUGGGUACCCUAUGCUAUUAAAUGCAAUCACAGUAGAUAAUGAUGAAAGCAAUUUUCUUUCAUCUGAUCGAACACCGCUUCUUGUUGCGGCCUCAGAACUGAUAUGGCUGACGUGUGCAUCUUCUUCACUGAAUGGUGAAGAGCUAGUAAGAGAUGGUGGAAUAAAACUACUUGCGAAUCUUCUUUCCCGUUGCAUGUGUGUAGUUCAACCAUCUACCCCUGCAAGUGAACCAUCAACUGUCAUCAUUACAAAUGUGAUGCAAACAUUUUCAGUUUUAAGUCGUUUCGAGAGUGCCAGAGCUGAAAUUCUUGAAUAUUCUGGACUAGUUGAUGACAUUGUACAUUGCACUGAACUUGAGCUCGUUCCAGCUGCUGUUGAUGCUGCUCUUCAGACCAUUGCUCAUGUCUCGGUGGACUGUGUCUUUCAAGAUGCCUUACUUAAAGCUGGGGUCUUGUGGUAUCUAUUACCGCUGUUGCUUCAGUAUGAUUCAACUGCUGAGGAAUCAGAUAAGUCAGAAGCCCAUGGUGUUGGUGAAAGUGUUCAGAUUGCCAAGAAUUUGCAUGCUAAACGGGCAGCUCAGGCAUUAUCAAGGCUUAGUGGUUUGGCUACUGGAGAGAAUCCGACUCCCUAUAAUGAGGCUGCAGCUGACGCCCUUAAAGCUCUGCUGACACCAAAACUUGCAAGUAUGUUGAAAGAUCAAUCACCCAAAGACUUACUGUCUAAACUAAAUACGAACUUGGAGAACCCUGAGAUCAUAUGGAACUCUUCAACGCGAGCAGAACUAUUAAAAUUUGUUGAUCAGCAGCGUGCAAGCCAGGGACCUGAUGGUUCAUAUGACUUGAAAGAUUCACAUUCCUUUGCAUAUGAAAUACUGUCAAAAGAACUGUUUGUUGGACAUGUGUACUUGAGAGUCUAUAAUGAUCAACCAGAUUAUGAAGUCAGUGAACCCGAGGCAUUCUCUGUUGCUCUUGUUGAUUUCAUAUCAUGUCUAGUCAGUAGCCAGGUUGCUGUAGGGUCAAAUGUUCCACUGAGUUCCCCAUCCCCUAAGACACCUGAGUUUGAAAUUGAUGAAACAAAUGAAUUAUCUGAUGAGCAGAACUUGCCUGAUAAUAAUCCUUCAUCACCCUCUGGUGGGAAAGUGAUGAAAGAGGAGGAAUUCGAAUUAAUUAAGAAUCUUCAGUUUGCUCUGGUUGCCCUUCAGCAUCUGUUGACUGGAAAACCGGAUUUGGCAUCAGUUUUUGCUGCAAAUGAAAAGUUAUUACCACUUUUUGAGUGCUUCUCUGUUCCUAUUGCUUCGGCAACCAAUAUUCCUCAACUUUGUUUAAGUGUGCUUUCACGCUUGACGACACAUGCUCCCUGCUUGAAGGCAAUUGUUGCUGAUGAAUCUAGUCUUCUCCUUUUAUUGCAAAUGCUACACUCCUCACCAAAUUGCCGUGAAGGAGCUCUCCAUGUUCUUUAUGCCUUAGCAAGCACGCCAGAGCUUGCAUGGUCAGCAGCCAAGCAUGGUGGAGUGGUCUACAUUCUAGAACUACUCCUUCCUUUGCAAAAAGAAGUUCCUCUACGGCAAAGAGCGGCAGCUGCCUCAUUACUGGGGAAGCUUGUUGGGCAGCCAAUGCAUGGUCCUAGAGUGGCAAUAACGCUGGCUAGGUUUCUGCCUGAUGGCCUGGUAUCUGUCAUCAGGGAUGGACCUGGUGAAGCUGUUGUGGGUGCACUUGAUCAAACAACAGAGACUCCAGAACUUGUGUGGACCCCAGCAAUGGCUGCUUCAUUGUCUGCUCAAGUUGCAACCAUGGCAUCUGACCUACAUCGUGAACAGAUGAAAGGUCGUGUUGUUGAUUGGGAUGUACCUGAGCAGGCAUCUGGCCAUCAGGAUAUGAGAGACGAACCUCAGGUUGGGGGAAUCUAUGUUAGGUUAUUCCUAAAGGAUCCAAAGUUUCCUCUUAGAAAUCCAAAGAGAUUUUUGGAAGGACUACUAGAUCAAUAUCUAUCAUCCAUUGCUGCCACACACUAUGAUGCCCAAUCUGUUGACCCUGAACUACCUCUGCUUUUAUCUGCAGCAUUGGUGUCCUUAUUACGAGUACACCCUGCUCUUGCAGAUCAUGUCGGAUAUCUUGGAUAUGUGCCCAAACUUGUGUCUGCAGUGGCAUAUGAAAGCAGAAGAGAAACUAUGGCAUUUGAAGAGGUGAAAGAUGCUGAUCAUUCGAAUGAAGCAUGUGAACCAGAGGAUGGUUCUGCAAAGCUCCCAUCACCAACUCCACAAGAGCGUGUCCGUCUUAGUUGCUUACGAGUCUUGCAUCAACUUGCAGCUAGUACAACAUGUGCCGAAGCUAUGGCUGCAACUAGUGCAGGAACACCUCAGGUUGUUCCUCUCUUGAUGAAAGCCAUUGGAUGGCUAGGUGGAAGCAUUCUGGCCCUUGAAACGCUAAAACGUGUGGUUAGUGCAGGAAAUCGAGCAAGGGAUGCUUUGGUUGCUCAAGGACUCAAGGCUGGUCUUGUUGAUAUACUUCUUGCUCUUCUGGAUUGGAGAGCGGGGGGAAGAAAUGGACUAUGCUCUCAGAUGAAGUGGAAUGAGUCUGAAGCAUCCAUCGGCCGAGUACUUGCAAUUGAGGUUUUGCAUGCCUUUGCAGCGGAAGGGGCACAUUGUAUGAAAGUACGGGACAUACUAAAUGCCUCUGAUGUGUGGAGUGCAUACAAAAAUCAGAAACACGAUCUUUUCCUUCCUUCAAAUGCUCAAUCUGCUGCUGCUGGAGUUGCUGGUCUUAUUGAAAAUUCCUCAUCAGGGCUCACAUAUGCACUCACUGCUUCCCCAAGUGCUCAAUCCAGACCUCCUGCCAUAGCUACAUCUGAAUCAAACGGGGAUUGAAGCAGUUACUUCAUCAUAUAUAAUGAGUCAUCAACGAACACUCACUCAAUUGCUUGCUCGAAAAUUAAAGUUUCUCCUACCUGUUGCAGCAUCCUCUUCAAAAAUGAACACAGUUUGUAUAGAAGAAUUUUGUACAGUCUAGUCAGUCUCUCAAUGUGUCUCUUUCGCGUUCCAGAAGUAGACCAAAUUGAAGGGUUGUUUGGUGCAACCUUUCCUGUUUAAUUUUUUUUAUUUUUUUUUUUUUUUGAUGUAAAGAGAAAUUGUGAUCUGUAAAUCACAUGCCUAUGCUAGUAAGAAAUAUGUGCAGUGAUGGGUGGAUGGAUGGAUGUUAUUGUUUUCUGCUGAGUUGCAAAUUUUCUACUAAUAAUGGAGCCUUUUUUUGGGUUGAGAUAUGCCUGUUCUUGCUUCCUG